AAAAAGUGAAAAAAUUUAUUAACAUUACACGCGAGUGAUUUUGUUUCUAAAGUCGUGGUGUGUGUAUUUAUUUGUUAUCGUCAUGCAUGUACUAUUGAAGCAUUACGAGACACCGGCAGCGGAAUUCCGCUGUCGGUGAUACAAGACUCGAUGUGUGUGUGUGUGUGUGUCUGUGUUCACUCUGGUAAUUCGAAUGGUAAACAGCUGCCAUUUCCCGUGAACCAUUUCGAGUAAUACACCUGAUAAAUAAUCGAAUAGACUCCAUGCCUGAGAUUUGCUCAAAAGACAUCAAAAACCCCGUCUUCUUGUUUCACAUUCCUCUAUAUACUAUAUAUUUUUUAUUAUAGAAUUAUUAUUUUUCUAUCCACUGUGCCUUCUUCUAUCUGUUAAAAUGAAAAUUAGAAAAAACAAUAAAAAAACAAAUUUCAGUUUUUUGUAAUUAUUGACAAAUUUUGAAAAAAGUGGUGAGUAGUGCCAAAAAGGAAGGGAGUAAAAAUUGUGUUAGGGUUUGGUGAUGAUUUUCGAGGGCUCGCGGGGCCUCGAUGAACGUCAUUCAGCGAGUAUGAAGCAUCCAUCGAAGGAAACGAUUUCCGAGGUUGCUAUGGCACUAUUCGGAAUGGUUUGGUUAUUGCGAGUUCGCUCGGAAAUGCGUCGAUGCUCAAAAUGUCGUCGUGAGGAAUUUUUAAACACACAACAACAACAGCAACAGGUGCAGGUGCAACAGCAUCAACAACAUCAUCAUCAUCAUCACCAUCAUCAUCAUCAACGUGCAUUGUCCCAAACGACGCUUCAUACCCCUGAGGAUGCAGUUUCAUCUUCGGCAAAUACCCUCUUCACUUUAGAUACCCCUGGAUCAACAGGAAUUGCUGGAAGUUACUGCGAAGUCCACGGAUAUGUACCACCCAAAGAAGAUAUUCAAGAAUUUUACGAAUUAACACUAUUGGAUGAAUCGAAAUCAGUGCAGCAAAAGACUGUCGAGACUAUUCGAAUUGCUGAUAAAUGGGAGGCAAGUGAUGGUCCAAUUACACCGACUUAUGCUCAAAAUGACGGUGGCCCGGUUUCAGCUUUCCCCUUAAACCAAACAUUAAUGAACAUCUACGGCCGCCGGUCGGUCAGUCCUGAUGUUCCGAAUUCCCAAGAUUCAAAUCAGAAAAUAAAGCACGGUGGUAUUGAAGAACCAGUUCCUUCUUCACCUUCUAUCUUAAAAGAUUCAUCUCAAGUUGAUGGCAUCUCGAGACCGAAUUCUGUCGACAGGGUUAUUCACACUGACACCACUCAACACAUUGUUGCAAGUCAUGAAACUCUCAACAAGAGCCAUGACAGCUGGCAAGGCCAUGACAGUGACCAGGCACAUACUCCACUCCUCGCUGGUGAUACGAGACAUGUCAAUGGAGAUGACGACUGGGAAUACGAGGAGAUCGUUCUCGAGAGAGGUAGCGCCGGACUUGGAUUUAGUAUUGCUGGUGGCACUGAUAAUCCACACUUUGGAAAUGACUCUGCCAUUUACAUUACCAAACUUAUCCCGGGUGGAGCUGCAUCAGCCGACGGUCGUCUUCGCGUUAACGACACGAUACUCCAGGUGAACGAUGUGACCGUUGUUGAUGUUCUUCAUGCAGCCGCUGUCGACGCCCUCAAGCGAGCCGGAAAUACCGUCAAAUUGUAUGUCCGGCGACGAAGGCACACGCAAUUAAUGGAAAUAGAAUUGAUUAAGGGCAACAAAGGAUUAGGAUUUAGUAUCGCAGGUGGCAUCGGAAAUCAACACAUCCCCGGAGACAAUGGCAUUUAUGUCACAAAAAUUAUGGAGGGUGGAGCUGCUCAGGUAGAUGGAAGACUUAUUGUUGGCGACAAGUUGGUCGCCGUUAGAAACGCCUUGCAGGGCGAUAAAAAUUUGGAGAAUGUAACGCAUGAAGAAGCUGUCGCGACAUUGAAAGCAACACAAGAUCGAGUUGUUCUCUUGGUAUCAAAACCAGAAGGAGCACUUCCACCUCCACCAGCCUCGGAUCGUUCGCUGUCACCACAACCUCGAAAACAAAAUGGUUCUGUCUCGGCGUUGGAGAACAAUUCACUGGCGUAUUCGCAAGAAUCGCGUCAUGCAUCUUCGCUUGCUCUACAUGGAACCGGAACACCCCGCGCCGUAUCUCAGGAAGACGUAUCAAGAGAGGUGAGGACUGUUGCACUAAACAAGGGCACGUCAGGAUUGGGAUUCAAUAUUGUUGGUGGAGAAGAUGGAGAAGGUAUUUUCAUAUCCUUUAUCCUAGCCGGCGGUCCAGCGGAUCUUAGUGGUGAGCUUCGACGGGGUGACCAAAUUCUUAGCGUCAAUGGCGUCAACCUCAGGACCGCCACCCAUGAGGAGGCUGCGGCCGCCCUCAAGGGAACAGACCAAACAGUGACAAUUGUAGUCCAGUACAAGCCAGAGGAUUACAAUAGAUUCGAAGCCAAGAUCCACAAUCUUAAACAACAAAUUUCCCAACAGAAUAUGAUGACAGGCACCCUCAUGAGGACCUCACAGAAAAAGUCACUUUAUGUCAGAGCUCUGUUCGACUAUGAUCCAAAUAAGGACGAUGGAUUGCCAAGCCGUGGAUUGGCCUUCCGUUAUGGUGAAAUUCUUCAUGUCACGAAUGCCAGUGACGACGAAUGGUGGCAAGCUAGGAGAGUCACUCCUCAGGGCGAAGAGGAAGGUCUAGGAAUCAUUCCUUCUCGUAGACGAUGGGAACGCAAACAACGAGCUCGCGAUCGUUCUGUCAAGUUUCAAGGGCACAUGCCUGUCAUAAUGGACAAGCAAUCGACGCUGGAUAGGAAAAAGAAAAACUUUUCCUUCAGUAGAAAAUUCCCAUUCAUGAAAAGUAAAGACGACAAAUCUGAGGAUGGCUCCGAUCAAGAACGGUCGCCCACAACACCUGAGAAUGAAAACGAUCCUUCACAAUUUAUGCUGUGCUACACCCAGGAUGACACGAAUGCAGAAGAUUUGUCCUCCGCCACAGGCAGUAGAGAAAUUUUGUAUCGUGUUGAACUGCCUUAUAUGGAGGAACUGACUUUAGUUUAUCUGGAAAAGGAGGGUGUUGAGGAUAAUGAGGAGCUUAGUAGUGAAGAGAAUGUUUUAUCAUAUGAAGCUGUUCAACAACUUAGUAUUCAAUAUAUGCGUCCUGUCAUUAUCCUGGGACCUCUCAAGGAUCGGAUCAGCGACGACCUUAUUGCUGAAUUUCCUGAUAAAUUCGGCAGCUGUGUCCCUCAUACGACCAGGAGUAAAAGAGAAUAUGAAGUUGAUGGUAGAGAUUAUUAUUUCGCAGCAUCUCGAGAACAAAUGGAAAGGGAUAUUCAGAACCAUUUAUUUAUUGAAGCAGGACAGUAUAACGAUAAUCUUUAUGGAACGUCAGUCGCUUCUGUUCGAGAAGUUGCUGAAAAGGGUAAACAUUGUAUUCUUGAUGUAAGCGGAAAUGCUAUCAAGAGGUUACACAUUGCACAAAUUUAUCCAAUCGCCAUUCUUAUUAAGCCAAAAUCCGUAGAAUCUGUAAUGGAAAUGAAUAAGAGAAUGACUGAGGAUAAAGCGAAAAAAGACUAUGAACUAACAUUGAAAAUGGAACAAGAGUUUGGAGAAUAUUUAACUGCAAUUGUGCAAGGAGACACGCCAGAAGAUAUUUAUGUGAAAGUGAAAGAAGUCGUUGCGGAACAAUCAGGACCAAAUAUUUGGGUACCAUGUCGAGAUCAACAACUGUGACGUUCUGCCCCCGAGGAUCAUUCUGAUCCAAACGCUUGGACAUUACCCCAGAGGAGUCAAAAUUAAUUGCCCCCUAAAAUGAUACAAUUAAAUAAAUCCUCUAUCGCCUUUUCCCUCAAUUUAAGUAGCACAAUAUGUCCUAAAAAGAAAAAAGACGCGCGUGCAAAGCUCGUCAAAAUCUUUGUCUCUGACUCGUCAAAAAAAAAAAAAAGAAAAAAAAAAAUUGUCACGACAAAUUCGAAUCGAAGAAGGAAUAGAAAAAAUUCGAAACAUUCAAAUAAUUGUACAAUAUCCCCUUGAAAAACAUUUCGAGAUGUGAAUUUUAUUUUUAAGUUUCAAUCGAAUAAGUUUUAAAUUUGUUUUACUUUUUUUAAUAGUCUUUAAUUAUAUUAAUUAUUGACGUAUUAUUUUAUAUGAAUUUUAAAAACGAUCUUUGAUUCGCAGAAAGAAAUAUAGAUAUAUUUUUUCUUUGUAAUUUUAGCGAAAAAAAACCCACACACAUAGUAUGUACUUAAUUGCAUUAAAUUGUUUAUUUUUAAUGCAACAAGAAUUUGAACUGGAGGGGAAAAUGUAGUUCGAUAUUGAAAAAAAAAGAAAAAAAAAGAGGAAAGAGAAUAAUUCAUCUCACGUCGAUGAUGAAAAAAGAAUUUGAGAUCGUGAUGGUUUUAAAAUAAUCAGUCAAUGAUUAUUGUUAAAAAAAAAUAAUCGAAUGUUGUAAACUUAACGAUCUUUAUCAGACCUCACAGGACAAAUCCCUAGAGCUAGAAUAUAGCGAUAUAUAAUGUUUUGUACAGCUAGAUGACUAAGCCAGUAUUGGGUUAUGUGCAACAUUAUAUAGAGAAAUGAUGAAAAGAAAAAUGAAAAAAAAGAAAACACUAUUGUAAUUUGAAUAUUACUACUAAAUUAUUACAAUGAUUAUUAUAUAAUUGCUAUGAUAGUAGAUAAAUAUUACUGUAAAUAUCUAUGCCUGUAAUCAAGAUGUAGCGAAGACGUUUUGAGCGUAAGCCAAGAAUGUUAUGCGUAGGCCUCGGUUGUAUUUCUAGGAAAAAAAGUCAUUUUUCAAUCAUUAUAAUUGAAUACCCCCCUUCAGGAGAAAAAUACCAGAAUGGUAAAAAAGAAAAUCAAUGAUGUUUCAUUUUCUAAUGAAUAAUUUUGUUAUAAAUUAUCGUGUCAAAAUAAUUGUCAUUGUUUUGUACUACUAGCCAUUGUUUUUCUCACGCAAAAAUAAAUAAUAUAAUUAAUUAUUUAUUUUCAAUUUUUCAUUAAAUAAUAGACAUUAUUUUCUAAAUAAAUAAUAACAAAUUUUUUAUAAGCAACUUAAAUUAUAAUUAUUUAAAAUUAUAAAUGAUUUUCAUUAUUUAUUUUUGAAUUAUUUUUGAGAAAAAUAUGGAUCAAUUCCGAUGGAAACAGAUGAACUGUACUUGUCGAUGUAAUUUAAAACAAAAGGGUAUAAAAAUUUGAAUAGAUUUUUAGAUAUGAACGUUGGUGAAGAUUAUUAUUAUUAUUAUUAUUAUUAUUAUUAUUAUUGAUUGAUUGAUUGAUGAAGGUGGCGAGAUUGUUUGCCGAUUUAAUUGUAACAUAUACAUAUAUAAAUGAUACCGAGUAGGAAUUAUAUAAUUUGUAUCAGCGAUUUGUGCGCUAUAAAAGCUAAAUUCGUGUAGUGUCAUUGUACACAGUUGCCUUUUUGCGACGUGAUUUAAAUUCACGUUAAAUUUUUUUUUCUUUCGUUUUUUGUUUUGUGUACUCUGGAUUUUUUUUUUUUUGAGUGAAUGCGAAAAACGGAAAAGUCUCGUGCACACACACACACUGUCAAUUUUUUAAGUUUGUGCAAUUAUUAUUUGUCAAUCAUGUCUUUCUUUAAUCACUAAUCGGAACAAGUUUUUUGGAAAAAAAAUAAAUUCAAAGAAACUUUUUAAGCUUGAAUAUUGUUAGAAAUCACGUGUGUGGCAAAAAAAAAAGAAAUUAAAUUGUGCCUAACAUUCAGAGGCUUCCCCCAAGGAUUCAACCGUGGUAAUAUGGUGUGUCUUUUUCCAUUCAAAAAGAAUGUAUUAAAAUGAAUGAAAAGAAACAAAAAAAAAAAAAAAAAAAGGAAAAUCUAUUGCAGACACCUAUUAUACAUCUCUAUAGUCUAUUUAAAGAUAUUACUUAUGAAUUAUCAAUCUCAUGUUCACCUUGUUUCAUCGUUUUUAAAUAGUUAAUAAACGUUUUACCAAUUUUA